AUGGAGGAUGGAUCAACAAAGUGGACAUUACAAGAAGAUCCUGUUCUACGUGCGCCAACUACUGUGAAACAAGGUUUUACAUUUCUGCCCAAUCCUCAAGAUGGUUCACUUUAUGUACUCAAGGAGGGUAUUUUAAAACGAUUACCAUUAAGUAUACCAGCCUUAGUGCAUGCUUCUCCACUCAAAAGCACUGAUGGAGUUUUAUACGCAGGUAGCAAGAGAGACGUUUGGUUGGAAAUUGAUCCUCUCACCGGCUCUAAAGUGGAGACAAUGUCAGCUACGAAUGACAAAGUAUGCCCAGCUAACAACAAGAAUGCUAUAUUUGUUGGUCGAACUGAGUAUCGGGUAAAUUAUUCUAUUUAAUU